GGGGGAUGUGUCAAGAACUAUUGAACUAUUGAAGAAAGAAGACAUGUUCAAAGACACUGUAGAUAGACUCCUGACGCCUUUAGCCGGAUGGUCAAUAUUCCAAACGCUCAUUGACGGGUUUGAGAUCACUGACCCAUUGAAGAGUCACCUGGCGAUUUUUACCUGUCAGGUAGCACUGACAAAACUUUGGAACCACUUCGGAAUAAAACCGGACGUCAUUGUUGGACAAUCAGUAGGGGAGGUAGCAGCAGCGUACGCAGCUGGGGUCUUGUCACUAGAAGAUGCAGUCAAGGUAAUAUAUGAACGAUCAAGUUUACUAGCAAAAGCGACAGGAGGAACAAUGUGUGUAGUUGGCAACUGUUACGUGUCAAUUGUAGCUGCCGCUUGCAAGAAAUUUAAGGGGAAAGUCAGCAUCGCUGUUCACAGUAGUGAAAAGGCAUGCACACUAUCCGGUGAUAGAGACGCCAUUGAGGAAAUCAAACAACUUCUGGGGGAAAAAAGCAAAGACAAACUUUUCCUGCGUCAACUUAAUGUGCAAUGUGCCUAUCACAGUCAACACAUGCAAGCAGCCAGUGAACAGUUAGAAUGCAAUCUUAUUGGACUUGAGGGAUCCACACCAGCAUGCACAUUGAUUUCAACAGUCACAGGCGAAAGAGCGGGUACACAGGAUUUUGCUUCCCCAGAAUAUUGGGGGGAAAACGUAAGACAACCGGUCUUAUUCCAUCAUGCCAUAACUAAGGCACAGUCGGAGAAAACCUUCAAUGUUUACCUGGAAAUAGGACCGCGACCAAUUCUGCGUUCUCAUCUCGGAGACAUCGUAGGCAGUGGUAAUGCUACAACAUUGCCAUCUAUGACAGAAAAUAAAGAAUGGGACAUGCUGCAACUCUCCCUGAUGGAACUUUACAGACACGGCAUCGAUCCACAAUGGCCACACGUUGUCAAUGAAGGCAAUCUGACUGACAUUCCAAAAUGUUUAUUCAAUCCUAUCAAGUUGCUUUUCGAAUCAGAUGCCACUAAUUUGAGAUACGGCGGAGUCCAAUCCACUCAGUCAAGCCAUCUUUUUGUUGAGAGAGCGGGUAGAGAUGGUAUGCAAUUCAAAAUCAAUAUAUCUCCUACAACAACCUGGUUUCUGUACGAACACGUUGUUUCUGGCACGAUCAUGGUCCCUGGUGCGUUUUAUAUCGAUGUGGCGUUAGAAGUUUGUAAAGAGUUAGCCAAGAAACGAAGCCAAAAAAAUCUAAGUAUCGCAGCACAAUUCAUACAACCACUUCGCUUAAGCAAAGGAGAGGCGUGUAAAGCGGAAGCAUCCGUUGAACAAUUUGAGGAUGAAUUGUCAAUACAUAUAUACAAAAAUAAUGAAACAGUCGCCAAAUGUCAAAUUAACAAGGUCAAGGAAAACCCUUUAGAAACUGUCGACUUAGAAGCGAUUAGGAGAAGAUGUACAGUCCGUCAGACGGCGUCACAAACCUACCAGAAUCUCAAAAGACUUGGAUUUGCUUAUGGCAAAGACUUGAAAAUUUUGGGAGACUGUUUGAAAUCCGAGGACGAAUGUCUUGUCAACAUGACACUGUCGGAUACAAUUUUCACUGACAUUAGCUCUACACACUUGCAUCCGUCAAUAUUGGAUGGUCUUUUGCAAACACCGGGGGUUCUGAAUGUAAAAGUCGACGUCGGUACUACACUUCUACCAGGUGGAAUUGAAAGUAUCAUCACACGCCUACCCCCAGAAAGAAAAAUGCUUGCUUUCGCCUCAUUGGUAUCCCAAACAAAGGACAAACUCCGAUACAACGCUCUGCUUUUGACUGAAGAUGGAAGAGUUGUUGCAGAAGUGAGAAACUUCUUCAUUCUUUGUAUUGGAGCCAACAAUAAGGAUGAGCAGGACAGUAUGUAUCAGAUCCGAUGGGAGGAAAUAGGAAAGAGAGCUGUACUGACAGAUAACCAAAGCUCCAACGAAGAACAUCUCAUAUCUGUCGUCAUCUCUCUUGACAAAAAUGACACGGAGAAACUUGGCUCGAAGAUUGUACAUCUAUCACCCAACGAAAAAUAUUUCGAAAAAGUGUUGACACAUCAUUUAAAAAUGGCAGAACACCCCGCUGGAUCGAUUAUUUUGUCAGUGGACAAAGAAGAAAAUCUAGAUAAAUUUACCGGAGAAGAAGUGAUGCAAAGGGUGGCUGGAAACGCUUCCACUCUCCUACACAUUUGCCAGCUACUUGUAAAACUGAACAGUGACAUACCAGUACUAAUCAUUACUGAAGAAACCCAAUCAGUUGAUAAAUCUCACACCUUUGUGGAAAAUGUCAUAGGAUCUGAGUUAUGGGGCAUGGCCAGGACAAUAGUGCUCGAAUAUCCUUUACAGCUUACUUUGAUUGACAGACAUGUUCCUCUUCAUCUUUGCAGUUCUAUCAUCAGGGAACUACUAGUUCUCCGAGCUUCCCAUCUUUCUUCAGAGGCUGAACUCUUAGUCACAGGAAGCACAGUGUACUGUAACCGAAUGAUAAGAAUACAAGAGCAGCCGGGAGAAUACAGAUGGAUUUCCCUCAAGAAAUCAGACCAAGUACAUCUAAAAUCCUAUCAUCCAGAUGAUGUAAAGGGGAAAUUUUGUUUACUGCAGGAGGUUGAAACAAUUCAACACAGAAUACUUAUGGAAGUUGAUACAGCUGUUAUGCACGACAAGUCAAUGUUUCCGUUGACAGUACAAUCUGCAGAAAAUGACGUUCCAAUUUGGACAAACGAGAAGGAAGAUGGGUUCGACAUAAUUACAUUCGAGGUCUCUGGCAGAGUAGCUUUACAUUCGUAUGAAAAAUUGAAUGUUCAACCAAAACAAUUAGAAGGAUCAUUUGUUGCCUGCUCUCCAUUCACCAUACAAAGUACUGUUGAGGUGCCGAAAGAUUGCAUGAUGAGAAUUGACGAUCUCCCAAGUUACAGACCAGGAAUGCUACGGUUAUCUGCUCUCUUAUGGCAGAUGAAAGACCAUAUCAAAAGAGGAAAAACCCUUAUUUUGACCGAUUCCGAUAGCACUUCCGGGCAAAUUCUACAAUCAAUGCUCUCAAAACCGCUGGCAAGUCAAGUCGUUUUUGUCACGCUGGACAGUUUACAGAAUUCUGCCUCUCAUCAACUAUGUGCUGCUUCCAUUGUGAUUCUCACAGCAGUAGAUUCCGUGAAACUUGAUAACCUUUUGACCCGAGUAAAAGGCGUGCAUACAUUGAAUUCGCUCGAAAUGUUUGCGACAAGACACUCCUGGCAAUCUGCAAAGAAGAAGCAUGAGUCCAUUUCAUUCAAAUUAUUGAAAAAUGAGGAGUUACUGAACAGAAAGGUUCUCAGUGAGACUGUUCCCAAAGUUGCAAGAUGGCUGCGGAGGAAAAUAUCCAAGAUUAACUUUCCAGAGGAGGUAAACACAGAUACAACUGUGGUGCAGUUGAUAUCAACAAAACAGCAGGACAAGCUAGUGAAAGUAACAAAGAAACAACUUUUCCGGAAAAGCAGUUGCUACGUCAUAGUUGGUGGAUUGACAGGACUAGGAUGGGAAAUUGUCCAAUUCCUUGCCAAGGCUGGUGCCGGAAGCAUCGUAACACUAUCAAGAUCACACUCAAACACUACGCAAAUUAAAGAAAUAUCAAAGCUGGAGAAAACGACUUCGACGUCAAUAAAGGUAAUGUCGGCAGACAUUACCAAUAUCAAAUCACUGGAGAAAGCAUUCGACAGAAUUGAUGUUGAAUUUGGACGCAAUGCUGUUCAAGGCAUAUUUCAUGGCGGAGCUGUUUUAAAUGACGGAUUCUUCACAAAACAAACAGACGCUAACUUCAUAAAGGUAUUGCUUCCCAAAGUACUCGGAAGCUGGAAUCUUCAUGUAGUUUCAAAAAGGUAUGAUCUUGACUUUUUCAUUUUGCAUUCCUCCAUGACAUCUAUUUUUGGAAACAAAGGACAAAGCAACUACAGUGCCGGAAACGCCUUUAUGGACUCACUAGCACAUUACAGAGCUAGGAACGGGUUACCUGGUUUGAGUAUAAACUGGGGACCGUUGGCUGUUGGAAUGGCCAAAGACAAUGCUCUUCAAAAAGAACUAGAGAGAAUUGGAUAUAUGUAUCUUGAUGUUAAAGGAAUUCUAGACACACUUGAAAAAAUGCUCAUGCUGAAAGGAAAUCAGGUAGUCGCUGGAAUAUUCGAUUGGUCAUUGGUAGAACGACAAUUCACAGAUUUGUCUAUGGAAAGAGUGAGAAGAAGAUUUCGGCGUGUGAUGGGUAACGACAGUAGCAGAAAUAUGCAGACGAUGUCGGUGGACAAUUUUGGUACUCAUGACUUAAAGACCACAGAAGGAAUCACUGACUUUGUGAUAGAGGUAGCAUCACGGGUGUUCGCGGUAGACGCCGAUAUGAUCAACAGCUCGACUUCGAUGAUGCAUCUUGGAAUAGAUUCCAUGGUAGCCAUGACCUUUGUGAACACCAUCAGUGGUGCCACAAACUGUUCAAUUCCUAUUGUAUUACUACUAUCUGAUGAAACAACUAUUGGAAAAGUAGUUGACUACAUAGAAGCAAACAUGAAGACAACGACCGUCAUGGAUAGGAUAGACGUAGAUUCAACAUUUACAGACGGCCUCACACAUAUGGAAAAAGAAUAUUUUAAAGAUAUCACUGUCAAUCCUGAAGCACCGGGUCUCUUCAUCUAUGUGGACUUUGAAGUAUCUGGAAGAUUUGCUGACCAAGAUUUUUGGAGAGCUACUCUAAAAAAUGUUGUGCAGAAACAUCCCGCGUUGAGAACCCGUUUCGUAAAGAGUACAGACAGCCAAGGGAACCGUAUUUACACCAGAGUGGUAACGCCAGCUGAAGAUAUUGUACCAGACGUAAGAGUAGUGAAAAAAGGGGAAAUGAACAAAACCAAGCAGAUACCACCGGAUUUAGAAAUGUAUAAGUUCGACCCAGAAUCUGACCUACCACUGCGUUUGUUAUAUGAAGACACAAAAGAAUUAUCGUUUAUUCGAAUUGUGUUUUCACAUCUGACGUUUGAUAUGACUUCUACACUUUUAGUUCUUGAAGAUAUGGAUUCGAAAAUACCAGUUCCACUGCCUCAAGAUAUAACCAAACAGGUGAAUGCACAUCUACAGGAAGAGAUGACAACGUUAGAAACAUACUGGAAAAACAGUAUACCCGACAGAUUGCUACCCAUAACAUUCGCUGACAACUCCGAGAGUUAUCACUAUGAUGAAGAGACCAUAUCCACAGUUUCAGACCAUGUACCGCAGCAAUCCUUGACCAGACUUGUACAAUUUUGUCGAAACAACGGAAUCACUCCAUUUCAAUUGAUGGCGACAGCAUACCAGAUUCUUCUCCAUCUGCAAAUUGGCGUGGUAACUGCUUGUAUUCUUACCUUUGCCGAUAUGCGUAUGCAUUUUCCGCAUCUUCAACGGGAACUGGGCUGCAUGGUAAACAAAGUGCCGUUAUUCUUGACACCCAACAAAGAUGUUUUAAUCGGUGAACUAUUGACAGAGAACGGAAAAGAAAUUCGAGACAGAAUGAAUAGCAGUUUGUAUCCCUUUGACAAAAUAGUGCAAGAGGUUUCAGCAAGACAAGUUCAGCCGGCUUCUGUGUUCAGACACAUGAUCAUUUACAGAGAUAUCCAGAAAGAGAACACAAAGGAACAAGAUGGAUAUGUGAAUGUGUUAAACGUUGUGUCUCCAAACCACAGACAUGAGACAAGUCUCAUUGUGUGGAACUAUCGCAACACCAUGACCAUGAGUUUGGAGCUUGAAUACAAUACAUUAGCAAUCACCAAAUCUAAGGCAGAAUUCCUAUUGCAUUCGUUGAUCAAGAUAUCAGAAUAUCUGAUCGAUCAACCUGAAUCCACUUUCACGGAAAUGACAAAUGUGAUCGAGCGUACCUCUCUCCUUUCAACAAAAUCUGGUGAUGCGGACACAAGAGCAUUUGCUUCCGAGUCACUGAAUCCAUUACAUCUCCUCGAAAUCCAUGAAAUCAUAUCAGGUGAAUUUAUCAAGCAAACAAGAAAUGGAUGGACCCACCCUGUCAAGCUAUCAGUGUGUAGCAGAAACGAGGCCGACGGUUCCCAUACGGUACUCAAAUGGGAGAAACCGAACAAUAAACGCUCACGAAACCUGGAUGUUGAGGACAUAAAUUCGGUUGAAAGAACCAUUUGCAAUGGAUUGCAGACGUUGCUGGUGGGGACAGGAAAGAGGCGCUACACCUUUAUGACGUCAGAUAAACAAUUGUAUGAUCGAAUGACGGGCUGCUUACUGGAUGGAUUGAAGCAAAAUGGACACAACGACUUCCAAACAAGUUUGUGACAAUAUCUCAUUGUGAAGAAAACGAAGUGAUAUCAAUUCGCUCGAUCAAUGUACAAGCUGGAGAUUUGAUAUCGCACGUUUACAUCUUAAGUGUUUAUUACAUAUGAACUAUCAUUUAUUAUUGGCAACUUACAUUUUUAAGUGUGAUGACUUGUAUGAAACAACAUUAUCCUCUCCGUGAAAUAUUUUCUCUUAUUGUUCUAUCUUGCAUGCAUCAUGGAUAUAUGUUUCAAGGAUCCAGAUAUGUAGAUAUCCGUUUUCGUAUAUAUCAUAAUGUAUAAUAAUGAAAUUUAUAACUUUUUAACAUGUAAGUUCACGUAAAGCAAUGUCUACGGUAGUCAGACCGUUCUUUAAUCCCUCUGUCAGACAGAGUUUUGUGUCUUCCUCGAAAACGAAUAUUACUUUUCCUUGCGUGUAAAUAUUAAAAUAUUUUUUGUAUUACAAAGGUGAGUUCAGGAAAAUAGGACAAGUUGAGAUGUACACAUUUCCGUUAUCACAUGUAAUGUUAUGAUUGAUUAACAAAAACAGAAAUCACGUUUUAAAUCAUUUCGAACACAUUUUUUAACAGUUAUAGACUUACUGAUUUUCUAUAUUUGAAUGUUUAAAAUGGUUUUGAUUGUUGUCAAUUAUAGUUUUGAAACUGUUAAAUCAAUUAUUGGUGACAUAGCAAAUGACAAAAACAAAGAAUGCAAGAUUGAAUACAGAAACGAAUCAAAAGAAAAAUUGUUAAUUUCAGCUCUCAACAUAUUUUUUGUUAGAUUUGUUAUGUUGUUUCAACUAUUCAUAUAUACCUCAAUUGAAACAAAUUUACCAAUCAGCAUAUGAUAUAUUAAACAGAAUUUUUCUUUACGAUUUGCAACAUGUACCAUGUUAAUCAGACAUUUUUUCACCAUUUAUAUGUCAAUAUUAUGUUAUGUUUCAUUUACAAAAUGCAACAUUCUAUAGAAUUUUAAUAGUACACUACAUUUCUGUACGUCAACAAAUACUAUUAUGAUGUCAUAUUAAUGUGAGAAAUGAUGCAAGAAAAUGUUUAUUAGCAUAUUGAAAAUAGUAGUGAUAUAGGUCUUUACCAUGCACAUUAUUUUCACUCUUAGCUAGUGUUUCGGGUCACGUAGUCGGAAAGUAAUAUACUUUUGCGCGCUUGUGUAUUUUACAAUACAUAAGCUAUGGCAAGUAUCUAAUGUAAGAGUGCAUAGUACAAUGUAGGUUGGUUUUCAUAAUCUGCCUUCAAGAUUUGCUUUGUGUAGCCAUGAAAAAAGUACUGACAAAAGACUUAUUGUGUAAUCUGCAGUUUUUCUGAACAAGUAAAAAGUAUAUCUUAUUGAAACAGUUAAAGUUAAACUUCAUGAACCUGCACUUUCUGAACCACCUUAUCACCACAUAAAAAAGAUUUUUGCUGAUGGUGAGCAUUUUAGCCAGUGCGAGUCCUUCUGGUAAUCCUUAUUUUAAUCCUGUUCACAGACCUGUUUUAAUGGGUUUUUUUCCAUUUUCUAUUUUUGUACCUGAUACUGACCCAUUGUGAGGUUAAUUCUUUCUUUGAUCUAAAUUGACUGCAAAAGUGUUCGAUUUAUUCUGUUCCUAUCAUAGUAUCAAUAAAACGCAGUCUUGGCUACAUGAUUCACACUUCAGUCGAUUACGUGUACGCUCGUAGAUUCGAUUUAACCUCAUAUCUAACAAAGGAACUUCUUUCCCUUGAUAUCACAUAUUAUAGCGUAUUUAUUCAUACUUAUACAGCCAGUUUAACUUUCGUAUAUAUACUAUUUUAAAAAUGAAAUAUGUAUAGCGUUUUUGUGAUUCAAGCUUAUUGAAAAUCAAUUUUGCCUGUAAAUAAACUGUGACAGGAUAUUUACAUACUUAUAAUUUCAAGUCUAUUGGAUUAUUCUUAUUAGUGCGAUAUGUUAUUCCUUUGGAUAUGCAGAGAUAUAUGUAUAUGAACUUUAUUUGACCUUUUUCCUUGUACCCCACUGAACAUGUACCAUUUUGCAAAAAUUACGAAAAGAUAAUUACUGUAAAUAUAUUAAUGAAAUUUAUACAUCUUUUAUACAUGACAAUUGUCAUAUACUAUGAUCACAAUCGAGUUAAAGUGAUACAUCACUAAAUCAAUACAUAGAUACGAUGUAUAUUAUCUAUACUUUAUUGCAUGCAGAUCUCUUUUCUUCAUUGUUUUUAAAUUGUAUUUACAUAUUUUAGUCCACUCGCGUCAUUUUUAAUGAUAAUGUUUUAUUAAAGAUGAGUUAACAGUACGGAUUUAGCCGUUUAACUCUACUCCAUUUUUUUCUAUUCAACGCAAUUUCAAAUAGAUUUUAUCUUCAAUGUUACACGCCAUUACGAUCUGCAGAAUAGUUACCGAACAAUGGGGAAAUUUUGAGGAGCUUUACUUCGGCGAUUUGGCGGGUCCACAUCUAGAUCGCCAAAUGUUAAUCGCAAAAGUUCCAAACAGCCAAAGAAAAUGUCGCUAAUAUAUCUCACUACGCUAUGAUUCGUUAUUCGUAUACAUAAGUAAAUAUAUUGAGGAAUAAUCUAAGAGUAAUACAAAUAUUUUAAAAUAUGUUUGGUAAAUUUUCAAAAAUGUAAGAGUUCAACUAUUUAACAUUCAUCUAAAGGUUAUUAAUGGUAGACAGUUAUUUUUCCAUGUAGUGUGAGUUAUGUACAUCGAACGGUGUUUGAUAUAGAUUUAAACAGUAAUUUGAUACAUUGUAUGGUUAACUAAGACCCCGGUGACCAAUCGAUCUUUUCUUUUAAUAUUUGCACAAAUAAUAUAAUAAAAGAAGUUAUCCGAAUGUGAACUGCUAUCAUGAAACCUGUUUUAAGUUUAACUCAUUUUAAUACAUGCACGUAGUACAUGCACCGUUUCAAUCAAAUUCUUGUAUUCGUCUUUUUUGUUGAAAUAUGACAGGAACGAAUUACAACGGGUGCAAUAAUCAUAUAAUAUUAAUGUUACUGUCAUCCUUAUAAGAAAUGAAUAAUCAUAAUUUAUCAUCUGAAACGUCAUUAAAUUGACAAAUAACACAAUUCUUUAUGUUUUCUUUAUAAUGAAUUAUUGUCGAAACUAAGGUAAAACCCAUGUUUAAAAAUCCCCUUAUCAGAAACUUGUUAGUCCAUGUCCGCAAUGUUCAAUACAAAAACUCUUCCAGAGUUAGUCCAUUCCCUGGUUGUACAUUUAAUUAAAGCGUACGGUGACGUUAUGGUGUUAUCAAUCGGUUCGGAGAAAGGUCGUGUUUAUAAACCAUAAAUUAAUGAUAAAAGGAAUGCCAUGUCAGAACCUUUGGUGUGGGAUUGCAUAUCUGAUAAAGCUGGCGUUCAGGAUGUGGGUUUUCCCCACAUUCACCUUGUGUGAGUAAUAAAGCUAUUUUUCCUUUACAAGGUAAACUAUGGACACUCCGAGCUAACGUCCUGGGUCGUGUACGAGGAAGGUUAUGGGCUAUUGAAUGGGGUAUCAUUUACAUGUGUAUAGGUUUGGUCUACAUAUUUUUUCUUCAUUAUCUAAUUUAUGUAGCUGAUUGAACAAUACCAAUUCGCGAUUUCCAGUUUUAUUAUCUGAUGUUUUAAAUUGGCAACCUUACAUUAUCAGAUCAAUCUUGUCAAAAGAUAGAAAACAUUUUUUUUUUUAAUUAAAACAACUUUUGUUAAAUUGUGAAUUUUAAGAUUUCAUUUCGGUUGAUAAAACAUGCAAAUAUAUAUUGUUUAUAUAUACCUGUAUAGUAACAAGAUUACUAAAACAAACCACACAUUUUGCAAAACCAAAAGUUGUAUUUGUUUAUGAAUUGAUACCUGUUUCUCGACAAGGAAUCUACAAAUUUCAACAUAAAAACAGUCUUUGGUGCGAUAAUCAAAUUAAAAGUCAUUACUUUGAUUCCCUGGUUUACACAUUUAAAGGCCGUGAUAGUAGAUCUUGUCCAAGAGUCACCAUGAAUAUAAUAGAAUUUGUGAAGGUUGAACGUUUGGUUUUGCUUACAAAAACUGUAAACUUUGUAAAUCUUUUAUAAUUUGUUGAUAGAUGUGUACCAAUUAAUUAUACUUUAUGAUUUAUAAUAAAACGUUGAU